UGUGAGUGUGAGAGUGUGGUGUCCCUGGUGCAGUGUUGAUGGUCACAACAAUGUCAUUUCUUACCUUUACUCCUACUCUUCCUGACGUAGGAUCAUGCUGGUAAAUUGUCUCGUCUUAGAAAUGACUGUGUAAACACUUACCAUCAUGAAGGGAGGCAACACUGACACUUGCAACUCAGAUUCUCAGGAUGAGGUUGUGGAGCGUGUCAAAGCUCGCCUGCAGGAGGAAGGGAGGGAAGCUCGCAACCUUGUUGCUUACUCCUUACCACUUCAAGACCCGCCACACACUGACUCUACAGUUGUACGACAUCGAGAAGUAAGGAGAGUGGCAGAGAUGAUUCCACGUCGUGGCUCUAAGCAAGACAAACGACCAAGAUCGGCCUCUGCUGGUCGAGAUCCUCAAGCUAGUUUGCGUGCCCGACACUGGGGUUUUCUUUUCCGAAACUUGCAACAAGCAGUGGAUGAAAUCUAUCAGACAUGUGAAGAUGAUGAAAGCAUUGUGGAAUGCAAGGAGGCCAUUUUAAUGUUAGAGCGUUACAGCAGUGAUUUCCAGAAGCUUAUAGAGUGGUUGAAGUUAAAGUGGGAAUAUGAGCACACACCACCACCUCAACGACCUAAUUCCUUAACUUGGGAAAUUCGUACAUCAUCUCCUGGAAAGGCUUUGCAGCAUGACCGUAAGAUCUUGACUAUGAGUGAUGCAAGAAGAGCGCUCACAUUCGAUACAAAACUAGGACGUCCUGGGCAUAUAAAUGGUAAUUUGCCAGGAGAAAAACCAGUUGACAAGCUCCAUACAUCAAAAAAAGAUCCAUUGGGCAGUGAUAAAAGAAUUUUAUCGAGUGUAGCAACACCAACUAAACCAGUGAUAAUUGUACAUGAGGCAAGCAUUGAUGAGCAACAAGAGGAGAGCUCUCAGUUUUCUGUUGUGAAUUGUGAAUUACAAAAUGAAAGAAUUUUGGAAAAGGUUAGUGAGUGUGAGGGGAAUGAGACAAGUGAGACUAGUGAAAUUGAGAAUGAUGAUGAAAGUGAUACCCAGAAAGAAACAGUACUGGGAAAUGAUAACAUUAAAAGUGCUGAAAAUUGUUUUGAAAAUGGCAAACCUAUAGAGGUAAUGGAAGGUGACCUAACUGAAAAUGAGAAGCAAGUGUUAUGUAAUAAUGUUAUUGAUGAAGCUGUAGAUCUCAAACAAGAAGCUGAAGAUAAGACUUGCCUAGAAAAUAUAAAUAAUUCCAGUAAAACUAUUAAUUGCAUGGAAAAAUUUGAAGAUACUGUAAAAACGAACAGUGACAAAGAUUUCAGUGCUCACUUCAAAAUUUCCGAGAGCACCAAGUCCAAAGAGUCUAAAACUGCUCGAAGUAACAGUGCAUUAGUUGGUACAAAAUCAAAAGAUAAUGGUAUUAUUAUAAGGCCAAAUGAUUCAUGUAAAAUGGUUGAAGGAAAACUGUGUGAUGCCAAAGCCAAUGAAAAUAGUGAAACAAAACGUUCAUGUGCAGAUGUCAUGCAGGGAAGAAGCUCGCUACAGAAACCUAUACCUACUGUAAAUAUGAAUAAAGUAAGUUGUGCUAUGAUAAUGGCAGGUUUGUUAUGGCUGGGAUACAGUAUGUAAAAGUUUUCAUAAAUGUGUUUAACAUUUUAACACAUAUAUAGUAAGGAAUUGGAAGAAAUUAAUUGUAAGUGAGUGUCCCAUGCUUUGUGUACUAUAUAGUUGCCUUCCAGUCCAUGGCAGCUGUGGUAAUCUCAAUCAGAUCAUCACCUAAUGCUUUGCUAUAGGAAUCUGUUACAUUUUGUGAAAUACAUUGAUUGCAUGAGGCUAAUUUAUAUUCAUGGGUAAUAUUAGUAGAAAUGGGACAUAGCAUGAAAGUGAAUCUGCAUGUAGUGAACUUGCAUAAAGUGGAGAGUUACUGUACAGUACAGAUUUUAUGUAUUUAUUAACACAUUUGCUGUUUCCCACCAAGGUAGGGUGGCCUGAAAAAGAAAACUUUCACCAUCAUUCACUCCAUCACUGUCUUGCCAGAGGUGCACUUACACUACAGUUAUAAAACUACAACAUUAACACCCCUCCUUCAGAGUGCAGGCACUGUACUUCCCAUCUCCAGGACUUAAGUCCAGCCUGCCGGUUUCCCUGAAUCCCUUCAGUAUUACCCUGCUCACACUUCAGCAGCACUUCAAGUCCUAAAAACCAAUUGUAUUCAUUCACUCCUAUCUAACAUGCCCACGCAUGCUUGCUGGAAGGCCAAGCCCCUCACACACAAAACCUCCUUUACCCCCUCCCUCCAACCUUUCCUAAGCCGACCUCUACUCCUCCUUCCUUCUAUCACAGAUUUAUACUCUUGAAGGCAUUCUAUUUUGUUCCUUCCUCUCUACAUGUCUCAACCUCCUCAACAACCCGUCCUCACCCAUCUGGAUAAUAGUUUUGGUAAUCCCGUACCUCCUCCUAAUUUCCAAACUACGAAUUCUCUGCAUUAUACGUAUUCACACCACGCAUUGCCCUCAGACACGAUAUCUCCACUUCCUCCUGCUUCACACCCAUAUAAAAGCAUUGGUAUAACUAUAC